AUGGAGCGCUGCAAGCGCGGCCGUGGCCAGCAGUCACAACAAGGUGCUCAUCGCCUGGGCGGCAGGUUGGGUCAACUACCUCUCCGACUUCAGGAGACGGAGAUGUGUCCAUACUGCCAGACCGAGUGGCUUCAGGAUUCGACUUGGCAGUCCCAAGCGAAGUACAACAGCACGGAGUUCUCCGGCAGCAGAACCGACGCCUCCAUCCCCUCAGCAGGCGGUCCCGUGGAUCCGAACCUCGUCUACGCCCUGGACACGAGCACCGUGCUGGGGGAGGGGUUGAAGCGGGCGGCCGCGUCCUUGCAGAGGAAGGCGGAGGCGGAGGCGGGGGGAAUGGUUAACUGGCUCUUCGUGUACUUCUACGGCGCCAGCGGGGAGGACGACUGUCUGGAGUACGAGGCAUACGUGAAGACCCUGGGCAACGUCAGUACGUCGAUGACGGGCCUGUACUUGAACAGCACUGUUUGGACCCCCCGCGGGGUAACGACCAUCAGUCUGGACGUGGUGGUGGCCUGCCCAAGCCCCGCCUACCUGGGCCAGAUCUUUACCCAGCUCACGGCGGCCCAGAUCGUCUACAAGGCCCUGCUGCUUACGAGACCAUCAGGUGCUUGGAAGAUCUAUCGUUUUGGCUCUCCUAUCGUGAAUUACAUCGUCGAGCCUCUUCUCGUGCCUACGGUGCUGCCAACGGCCACAGACGCCAUCUUCACAGACUACGACACCUUCGCAGCGCAGCUGAGCGUGCCGACCACGGCGGCGCUACAGGUGGCCGCCGUGACGUCCCAGCUCACGCAGGCCUGGCAGACUGGGGCGCGUGGGGCGCAGCUGGUGCAAACCAUGAGGAGACUCGAACUUUGA